ACAACCCAUCCAUAUGAAUCAGAGUGCACCAUAGUUUCCAAACAAAAACAACAGUCGUGUCCUUCAAUAAUCUAGUCAUUAGUGUGCUUAGUGAAUUAGACCAAUAAUAAGCAUUUAAAAGGGAUCCAUUAAGUAGAAGUAAACGUAGAGGAUGACAAAGAUGGACAUUCCGAUGAAGAAUAAGAUGGAAUCGACGGCUAAUUUUAUUCAGCACGAAAAUGACGUCGAAGUUCAGGUGCGAGCUCCGAAAAGGGUGUUGCACUUCAGCGAUGGAACGAUGGAGGAGUUCAGUGACGACGAUGAAGAUCAAGUGGACUCUGUUCCGCGAACUGAAACAACCUUGGAAGAGUCAAAAAUGAACUGGAGCAACUGGAUGCUGCACAAGACCUGUCGACUAGGCAGUUCCGUGUUGGCCGGUUGCGAUUAUGUCGGCGAAGGACUUGCUUCUAUGCUGGGAAUCACUACCCCGAAGUACAGCUUCGAAAUUGAGGAAUUCAAACGAAUGCAAGCCGAACAACAGGCAGAAGAUCGAGCUAUUCAGAACUUUGUGGAGCAGAAUCGCCCGGCUAGCAGUAAUGGUGAACCAGCAGCUGCAAGCAAGGAUACCUCGGCAAAAUCGACUGUGGCGGAGUCGCGUGUACCAGUAACGAGUGACAUUGAGAAGUUUUAAAGGAACCAAAGAUUUACAACACAUUGAAAACAUACAAUUCAAAUCACUUGUAUAAUAUUAAGUUAAGAAAUUUAAUGUAGAGAUUUAUAUUUAUUAUGAAUUGAUAAAUUGACAGUGCAAUUUUCACAGAUAUAAUGUAUAUUAUCUUGG